AUGGCAGCGAACAGUGGUGGUGUAGAGUGGGCCUCAAUAGUCAAGCCAAUUUUGGCUGCAUCAUAUGGUUCUUUUAACAAAAAUGAUGUUUUGGAGCUUGUGAAGGCCAUCAACAGAAGUGAAAGUGAGCUUCUGAAUCAUGAAGAUGAAUAUGAAACAUUUUACACAGCAUUUGCAGCUUUGGCUGCGGAUUACAUUAGCUCAAGUGCUAGUACAUUAUGUAAGAGUCAAGUGGGGAUUGUCUCCCAAGCAUGCCGCAUUCUGCUGCAGUACCUUUUGUCUCACCUGCAAGCACAAAGCACUGGUGAAGCAGUGGCACCAUCAGGGGCUAUGUUGUCUCCAAAACAGCUGCUUCUUCCAGUACGUGCUCUUUGUAGUGCAGAAGGAAUGCUUCAGCGGGCCGAUCAGAUAUCUCUUACUGCCAUAAUGAAAAACGCGAAGUUACCUGCACAUAUAAAAACUAGUACUCCAGGGGAGAAAGAAGUUUCUGUCAAGGAAUCGAAACGCUCUCGAUCAGAUUUGUCUGCUUCAAUAUUAGAACAGUUGACAACACCAUUGCAUGAUUUUGUUGCACCAAGGCCACAGAUGCUGGAAAGUUCUGAGCUGGUUGCCAGUAAAGUGGUGGAAUCUAACCAUCUCAGCACAGGUGCAGACCAGGGACAGGAAACCAAGAAUCUGUUCAUCCAGAAAAAUGUUGCAAGUCUUCAAGCCUUGCGCGCUGGUCACAUCUUGAUUGAUAUGUGCUUAAAUCUACCCCACCUAAAUCGUUACAUUCACAAGUAUCGUGAUGCUGUUUCCAAGAAAGGCUUCAGUCUUCCUGCAUCCCACUCCGAGGCUACAUUGGUUAGGCAUAGCCUUCAGGCUUUGGUGAAUGAUAUAAGUUUGACAUGGAGUGCCCUGUCACUCCCAGUAUUAGAACCCUUGACACCGGAGAAGCUAGAGAAGCUAUGUGUCCUCACUAUGUCGUGUCUGUACUGUGCUGUUUCAAAUGCAACAGCCAGUAGCUUGCUUGGCAUCUCGUCUGCUAUUUCACCGAAAUGCACAGGAACUGCCUCAGGUGCUGCAGUGAAAGGUGGAGAUGAUGAAGGAGGUGCUGAUAGUCAUGCUAUCACUGUUGUGGAAAAAGCUCUGGAGAUAUUCUCAUUGGUAUCUGGGGUCAUCAAGACAUCCACCAGGGCAGGGGGACAUAUUUUACAAAACCACCUUCUAAUUGGAGUGUGGGUACUAAUAACUGGACUCCAGACGCAGCUGUCAGCAUCCAGCUUCUUGACUGCUGAUAAGGGCAAAGACGAUAAAGGAAAAUCCCCCAAUAAGUUACGUGAGGGCUCCAGCAGGAUUAACCUGAUGAAAGUUCAGCAGGGUUUUGGGGUCUUAUCGGUGGCACUGGCAUCACAAGCGUUAACCAUGAUGUCAGCACUCCUAGAUGACCUUCAGGUAGAAACUGCUUGCCAUCAGGAAUCUCUUAACCAAGGACCAGAACUGGAAUUAGAACCAGCAAGUCUGGACAUUCUGGGCCAGUUCACUGCUCUGCAACGUGCUGCCAAGUUCCUUGCUGCUGCGCCGCUUAAUCAGCUACUUUUCUAUCUUGCCACUAUCAGUUACAGAAAGGCUUGCACACUGAAACGAAUACAGAAACAUCCACCAGAAGGAGACACCUUCAGCACUUCUGACUCAACUACUUACUAUGAAGAUGAUUUCAGCUGCUCAGAUGGAAGUUCAGCAGAUGACGAUGAUGACAGUGAACCAAUAUUAGGACUGUGGUUUGAAGAAACAUUGGCACCACCUGAAACACCCGCAGGAUCAAAUGUGGCCCAAUCAGCAGCUGAUUCUCAGGAAGGAGCUGGGAAAAACAAUACAGACAGAGCAGGCUCCAUUGUGCCAGAAAAAGGGGAACCUCAUGGGUACAUUCUCCUGGCAUCACAAAUCUUUCAGUUCAUGAACAAGCACCUUCUAAGUAGUGAAUCACCAUUUCUGCUACGUUAUGUCCAACAAGGAUUGGCAGAACAACAGAUGGUAAUAUUGGCAGCCAUUAUCAGGGACCUGGACAGAGAGACAGCCCGCACAGAAACAGGCACAAUUUCAGUAUACUUUGGAGCAGUACUUGGGAAUCUGUACAGUGACUUUUCUCAGGCUCUCACAAGGUACACCCAUAAUUUGUUGGCACGUAACAUCUUGGCUGAAAAUCUUCAGGGGACCCUUCUAAAUCAUCUUGGUGUGAGUCCUUGGUCCCAUGAUACCAGUAACACUUGGCCCCUGCAGGUUUACCCCAGAACACUGGCUGUUCUGGCACAGGUUUUGUUGCUGAAGCCACAACAGGAGAAAGAAGCUGCCUGUAUAAGUAUUUGGCAUAGAUUAAUCAACACAUUGGUUGAAAAUGUGUGUAAUCCACCUAACACCUUUGAAGUUGAAAAUGAAGAUCUGAACGUGGAGCAUGCCCAGCUGCUGCUGUUCCUGUUUCAUGCAUUGAACCUAAUGCAGAAGAAGUCGGUACUUUUACUGACUGCAGGAGGAGUGAUCCGUUGUUCUGAGAUGAUGAGCCAACCGAUGCGUGAUUCUCAGCUGUUGCAUUUGUCCCGUCUCUUGUUGCUUCUGGAGUACCUCAUGAAACAUCUUUAUGAUGCUCCUCCAGCCCUUUUGGAGCAGGUGCAGUGGAACCUGUUCAGUGCGACGAGCAUGGUUGGUGAUGCAUCAGAUAACAAAGAUGGUUCACGUGUGGCUUCACGUAUAUAUUGUCCUUGGAAAGAAAUUGAAGAUAAUUAUCGCAAGUAUGGUCCGCAGGAUGAGUUUUCCAUGAAGCCACGAUUCUACAGCUUAACUGUGGCAGAGGUCAACAACCAGGACACACCAAAACUGGAUGGAUUGGCUUGCAACUUCAUUCUUGGUACUCCUGAUAAAUUGAAAUACCCACUGUUGAUAGAUGCUCUGAUAGAAAUUCUAAAUGUGACAAGUCAAUGUAGUUCAAGCAUGAAGCGAGGGGAGAAACUCAGUUUCACUGGCCUUUGCACUAUCCAGUACUGUUUUACCAUUUGCUGGAGGUUGUUACUCCUGCUUCCACCUUCAACACCUUACAUGGACCGACUUUCUGAACCACAGGAUAUUACAUAUCCUCCUUUGUUGUUGCAUUCCCUAGUGUGGGGCCCACGUUCUGCAUACAAAACAUUCACUGGCUGGAUGAAGGAUUGUUUAGUGAAGCAGGGUAUGUAUACACAGUAUGCUGAGACAUUGCUGAAAAAUGUUGCUAAAGCAGUGAAUAGCCUGAAAUAUGAUGUUGAAGUUGCGAAGAUGUGUAUUACUACAUUUCAUCCACAGUUACAGAAGUCAGAUUCUCUGGUUCCUAAAUCUAACCUGCCACAGUUGUCUGAUCUGUACUUACUGGAUGCAGUAAUAGCCAAGAUCCAAGUAUUGAUGGAUGAUGGAGUAUCCAAACCAGCUACAGAAUCUGCAGAAUCUGCAAAAAGCAACCAAACUACAGAUGUUUCUCCUUCAUCUAAUGAUCUUGCUCAGGAACUCCUGCCACAUGUGUUGCAGCUUGCUGAAACCAUUAUAGCUUGUAGCAGGUCAAGUUUGUUGUAUCAGAUGAAUGAGAGUGCAGAGCCAGUAGGCAAGUAUUCUUUACAAGACUUCCAAGUGUUCAAAGAAAUCCUAGCCAUUUCUUCAAGCCGCUGCAACAAGACAAGCAGUUUAGCUACUGCACUGAUGGCACUACUGCCUGCAGGGGUUCGCACUGUACUGGAGAAAUGGAAUGACAGUGGUGUGGCUGAUUUUCCAUGGAAUACAUAUUUUAAUGAUGUAAUUCCUGCCGAAAGUUAUGUGUUGGCUGUAAUUAACACACACAUCUCUUCACUGUCAAACUAUGGCUCCUUCAGUGUCAACCCCUCACUCAAGUAUUUGCUACAUUCUUUGGUAACCUUCAUUGGCGAACAUAUCACGAAAUGCCCAGAGGAUAGUGAGAGUCGAAAGCGAGCAGUGGAUGUGUUGGUACCAUUGACACUGGAUGCAUGUACUGAACAUCUUCAUGAUGCUGUUUUGCAUACAUUGGAGCGUGUUAUUGGUGACCCUGAAACUGAUGAACACCAGAAGAGAGUCUACUACAUUGUGUUGGAACAUACAUACUACUUGCUCCGCAGCUUCACAGCUCAAACUGCUACUCAAUACUUUGUUGCUGUGGAUGAAAAAGUACUGCUUGAAUGCAUCAAGUUCAUGGAGACAUUGUUGGAUAAGCCAGCAGGUCGGCCAGCAUUAGAUCAGUUCUUCAACCAGGAAACUGGACGUGAUCUAGUUACAGUGUUGCUGUCGGUAGCAACUCCUCAAGGCUCUCUGUCAACACAGUACAGCACUAAAGUGCUGCAUUUCUUCAACAAACUAUUUAGCACAGCUGAGAAGACACCAGGUGAUGGAAGCUUGGAGCGUCUGUGUGGAUCUUUAUCAAGACUAGCUACUGUAGAACCAUCAAUACUACAGAACUGGCUGCGUCAUGUUAUUCUUGGUGGUACAUCACCUCCUCCUGCCAGUCUAGCAACACCAACAACCACACUAGUCCCUGCAUCUCCACAACAGUCAGAGUCCCCAGCCAGUGCAGCAACUCCAACUGGGGGUGCUGCUGCUCCACCUCCACCCCCACCACCAGUCGCAGCAACGGGAGCAGUGAAUGGAAAAUCAGAAACUGGUGCACAAAUAGCUAGCUCAGAAUCGAACAGUAGCAGCCAUAGUCCUACUGAGGAACACCAGGGUCUCUUACAGGAGAACCAUCUGUUGCUGCAGGGCCUUACUGCAUAUAUUGUUAAGGAGAAUAGCAAUGUAAGUGAGGAAGUUGCAGUAACAAUACUGCGUGCUCUGAUACCAAUUGGCUCACACAUCUUGUCUCCUGCAGUUGAAGGAACUGGCUUCUCUGAGUUAAUGGUUGUUAUGGCUACCCUUGCUGAUGCUGGUUUAGGCAAGGGGCAUGUUCAUCUCUUUUCAGCUGCUACAGAGUGGCUGGAACUUUGCAAACAGUAUCUCACUCAGCCUGCUGUGGUAGAGAAAUUAAAAGCUGGAGUUAGUACUGGCAAGCACCGACUUGUGCUGGACUCUGCCUGUUACCUCCUUAACUAUGUUGGUGACAUCGUAGCUGCACUUUGUCCGUCACCUCCAGGUCGAGCUACGUCACCUCCUUGGGAAGGAGAACUACCACCGGAAUUAGAUUCGGAUUGGACUGAUGAUUUAGGUCAUGAAGAUGAUGAAAGUGGAGGAGAGGAUUCAGAUGAGGACAGUCUCUGUAACAAACUCUGUACUUUCACAAUAACACAGCGAGAGUUUAUGAAUCAACAUUGGUACCAUUGUCAUACUUGCAAAAUGGUAGAUGGUGUUGGUGUCUGCACGGUUUGUGCUCGUGUAUGUCAUCGAGGACAUGAUAUAACUUAUGCCAAGUAUGGAAACUUCUUUUGUGAUUGUGGAGCCAAAGAUGAUGGCACUUGUCAGGCUCUAGUAAAGCGAAGUCCUCAGUCUGGUGAACAGCAUAUCACACAAGCAUUGUCUACUAGUACACCAGGAACAUUUGGCAUGGAGCAGAUGCUGCCAAGCUCUUUGCGUCGUCGACCAUCAUCUCCUGUCAAUAUUGAUGCAAAUGAACGGGGCACAAGAGACCGACAGCGACUUGCAACUUUAGCCAAACAGCUUGAGAAUUCAAGAGAGAUUCUAAUGGGCCAUGUCUCCAGCAGUUCAGUAGUUGCUUCACUUUUGGAUUUGGUUAAAAUACUGAUGCCUGCAGUGGAAGCAUCGUGUAAGCGCCACAGCCCAGUUGGCUGCCACCAGCGAGUACAGACAGCUUUACGUGAAUUGCAUACGCUUGAGAAACGUUUUGAGAAUACUGACCAACUUAUGGUCCCAACAUUAGGUUCACAGGAAGGUGCGUUUGAGAAUGUUCGCAUGAACUAUUCAGGUGAUCAGGGCCAGACAAUACGCCAGUUACUUUCAGCUCACAUGAUUCGCAGAGUGGCCAUGUGUUGCCUUUCUUCUCCACAUGGAAAAAGACAGCACCUUGCUGUGUCACAUGAGAAAGGAAAGAUUACAGUUCUGCAGCUGAGUGCUUUGCUGAAACAAGCAGACUCAUCCAAACGGAAGUUGACCCUAACUCGACUAGCUUCUGCACCAAUCCCUUUCACGGUGCUAUCUAUCACUGGUAAUCAGUGGAAUGAGGAUUUUCUUGCUGUCUGUGGACUUAAGGAUUGCCAUGUUCUGACAUUCAGCAGUGGUGGGUCUGUGGCAGAUCAUUUGGUUUUGCAUCCGCAAUUAGAAACUGGCAACUUUAUCAUCCGAGCCCUGUGGCUUCCAGGCUCACAGACACAGCUUGCGCUUGUUACGGCCGACUUUGUGAAAAUCUAUGACUUGAGCCUUGAUGCCCUCAGUCCCCAGUACUUCUUCCUAGUGCCCAGUGGCAAGAUUCGGGACUGCACAUUUGUCUGCACUGAGGACGCUAGCUCUAAUAUGCUACUUAUGUCUUCUGCUGGUCACAUCUAUAGCCAGGCAAUGGAUGAAGAAAGUUCGGCAAAGCAUGGACCCUUUUAUGUUACCAAUACACUUGAAGUCUAUCAUUCAGAAAUAAAAGAUGUCAAUGGACAAGUUGGUGGAGGUGGUGUGUCAAUUUAUUAUUCACAUGCCCUUCAGCUCUUGUUCUUCAGCUACAGCCAUGGAAGAAGUUUCAUAGCUCCACUUAAGUAUAUGGACAAUGGAUUGCCUGCUGUAUUUAUGAUUAAUCUGGGUAAGGCAGGAGGCAAUGGAAACAAGGCAAACAAUGCCCAGCCACAGCCUUUGUGUCAGUGGAGUGAAGUGCCGAAUCAUCCAGGACUUGUCUGCAGUGUCAUGCAGAGCAGUAACAAUCCUGUAAUUCUCAUGCUAAAACCAGAUACAGUCCUAGUUCAGGAGAUUAAAGUUGUUCCUGCUAAAGCUAAGAUCAUGGAUAUGGUAGCCAUCAGACACCCAUCCUCUAAUGCAGAUCAUCGCACUACACUGAUCCUGCUGUGUGAAGAUGGCAGCCUCAGAAUCUAUAUGGCUGCAAUGGAACAGACAGGAUUUUGGCUGUCUCCAAAUGUACAGGCAGUCAGUACUAUGACUGCAAUGAAACCAACAAGGAAAAAGAAAGUUGCCAAAGCUGGAAAACCACCAGGAAUGGUGACUUUUCCAGUAGAUUUCUUUGAACACUGCCAAGCAAUGAAUGAAGUGGAAUUUGGAGGCAAUGACCUACUGCAAAUUUAUAACACGCAACAGAUAAAGCAUCGUCUCAAUACUACAGGGAUGUAUGUUGUAUCUACAAAACCAGCAGGAUUCAGCAUUGAAAUAACAAAUCAAGACAAUUCACUGGUGAUGACAGGAGUCCGUAUAAUGCUUGGUACCCAGGAUUCUCAGAGAGCACCUUCAUAUGUUGAGGUAUUUGGCCGCAGCAUUCAGACAAGUGUUGCAAGAAACCGUUGGUUUGACAUGCCAUUUACAAGAGAGGAAAGCCUUCAAGCUGAUAAGAAACUGAUUCUUACAUUUGGACCUUCUCAAGAUCCUGAAGGUGUCACCAUGGUAGAUUCUAUCAAAGUGUAUGGAAAGACAAAAGAUGCCUUCGGUUGGCCAGAAGAAACAGAAGAUCUUGCAAGUACAUCAGCCACUGCAACUCAGACAGCUGCAGGAACGAGCACAGAGUCUGAUAAUGUAGCUGUUACCCCAGUACAACUUACAUCUUUGGACAGAAUGAUAUCUGGAGUCCUGGAGGUUCUGGAUGGAUGUUUCACAUUGCAAGGCAGUGCAGCAACAGAUGAAAACAAGACAGCACAGAGGACAGCUGCUGUGGAGGUGGCUACUCAACUUCUUACACUUCCAACUCCCAUAUGUGUUCAGCUUCAUACAAAGUGUCUCCUGGCUGCAUUACACCCCACACGAGCAGCUUAUCACAACUAUAAGGAUCAGGCGCUGCUGAACCAUGUUUGUCAGUCACUUUCUGUCUUGGCAGAAGUACGUGAUCCAAGGGACCUUGACGCAGAAGCUUUCUAUCGACUAGUCCUAACUGCUAGAGGUGUGGCAGUAGCGAGGCCAUACAACUUGGCCAAGUUUGCAGAACAGCAGCAGGACAAGACUCCAGUGAGUGAAGAAUCUCCAGCUGAGAUAUCAGAUGCUGAUAGGAAGAUGAACCCAAGCACCAAAAUAGAGCCAGUCAAUGGUGGUCGUCAUCUGAUGUUACAACUGAUAAGUGCAAUGUGGCUCUUGCAUCAGGCCCACCCAGCCAACAUGGCGCUUGCUCCAGUCUGUGUUCCAGGUUUGACACAUGUUGAAGCCACUGUCCAUUCUAUUGUUGAAAUUAUCCAUGCUUUUACAACCUGUGACACAGAAUGUACAAUUACAUUGGCAACAAAGCUGUAUAUGGAAUUACUUUUGAGUGAAGACACCGCUGUGAGUUUCAGCGCGAAGCAAGCUAUCAUUAGAGUACUGCGUCCGCGUUUGAGACGUCGCAGGGUUUUAAUCCCCAGUCCUCCACACUGUAGCACACCAGGUGGGGCAACAGAAUUGGAAUCAGAAAAGGGCCCAGUCUCACAGCCUUCCCAGGAUUCAACAGAAGAGCAGCAUUAUGAAGUAGACAGUGUGGAACCAAUGGUGUUACUUGCCCCAGAUGCAGGUGCAGGUGCUACUGGUGUGUCUGUGAAUGUGAACCCUAUUGAAGCCUUGCUUGGUGCUCCCGGAGCAUUCCCACCACUACUGGACAUCCCUCCUGAUGCAGAUGAUGAGACUAUGGUGGAACUUGCUAUAGCCCUUAGUCUGCAAGACCAUGAGGGUGGAGCAGACCUACAGGUGCUACAGCAAGGUUUGCAGCAAGGACUACAAGGACUGGCUAAUCUUCAAGGACUUCAAAAUCUCAGUGGUCAAGCAUUGCAGAGUUUGCAGGUGUUGGCAUCACAAGGUCUUGCCCAAGUACAGAACCAAGGUCAGGCACAGGAAGCAGGUCACUACUCUGAUACAACUGCUUCUGCAGGUGGCUCUGAUGAUGAGGGUUCCACAGCAGCAACAGAUGGCAGUACACUGCGCACUUCUCCAGCAGAGCAGGGGGGCAGUGCAGGCUCAGAAAGUGGAGGUAGUGGUGUAGACAGCAUUACAGGGGAACACAAUGUGUCGGGCCGUAGUUCAGCGUAUGGUGAUAAUAUGCAGGAGCCUUUGGUUGGUGCCAGAAGCGAAACCAGUUCUCUGGGAGCACCUGCUGGAUUCCAGACUCAGGAUCCAGAUGGUAUGGAGCCAGAACCUGAACAGGAACCUGACACAGAGAACAGCUCAAAGCUUCACGCUUUACGACUUGUGUUGUUGGAGCGGCUCAUGCACUAUGUGCCACACCUGAAGGAUGUCGGUGGUGUCAGGUCCAUUCCUUUUAUGCAGGUUGUUCUCAUGCUGACUUCUGACCUUGAUGGGGAAGAGGAAAAAGACAGAGCGUGUCUUGAGAACUUGCUUACAGAAAUUAUAAGCGAGUUACAUAUGAAGCAACCAGAUACAAACAAUAUAUGUGACCGCAGUGCAGAACGGGAGGUGCAUCUCGUCAUCAUGCGACUCCUCAGUGUACUGAUGUCCCGUUCAAAGUCCAACACCAAAACAACUGGAGAUAAUUCCAGUUUUGUUUCUCAGACCACAGCAGCCAUGUUGUUGCAGGCUGGUGUUAUUGAUUAUUGCCUGACACUCCUCAAGAAUCUGCUGCAAUACUGGAAAAGUUCCAGUGUGGAAGAGGCUGGUACUGUGAUUGGUGGUGCACUUUUGAAGCCACACUUGACAACUGCACCACCUGAUAUGUCACCAUUCUUUUUGCGCCAGUAUGUCAAAGGUCAUGCCAGUGAUGUUUUUGAAGCAUAUCCACAACUUCUAACAGAAAUGGCACUUAGACUUCCAUACCAAGUACAGAAGCAAGCUGAUAAUGCCACUGCAGUUCCAGUUACAUUCCAGCAGGCCUGGUAUUACUACUUGUGUGAAUAUAUGAUGACACAUCAGACCCCAUUUGUUCGUCGACAAGUUCGUAAGCUGCUUCUUUUCAUAUGUGGAAACAAAGACAAAUACAGACAGCUGCGAGAUUUACAUGCUCUUGAAUCUCAUAUGAAGUGUGUUCGAACGUGUUGUCGAGCUGGUGGGUACGACCCAGAAGUGCAGCAACCUCACUGUAUUACUUUACCAUAUGACUCAUUGGUAGAACUGAUAGAACAUCUGAAGGCCUGUGUUGAAGUAGCUACAAGUCGAACUGGGAACUGGCAACGUUUUUGUGUGCGUGAGGAUUCUGUGCUGCCAUUCCUACUUCAAGUAUCAUGCUUGCUAGAUGAAGGUGUUUCUCCUACCAUCCUGCAACUGCUUCAGUGUGCGAUAUGUGGCAGUAAGGCCAGCAGCAGUAGUUCCAGCAAUUCACAGUCUGGGCCAGCUCCAGCUUCGUCAUCGGCCUCCUCCACAACAGGUACUGGCACACCAACACCUGCCCCUGCUCCAACUUCAGCACCAGCUCGCAAGGAUCGGGAGAAAUCUGAUGACUCAGAAACAGAAGCGCGCUUUGAGGAAGCACAGUGCAUAGUUUUGGUGAAUCAAAUAAACAAGCAGGUGUCACAUGAUCUGCUGGCACGUUUCGUUAAAACUUUCCUCCUGGAGACAAAUGCUACCACUGUUCGCUGGCAGGCCCAUGCCCUUGUGCUUGCCAUAUACAAGAACUCUCCUGCUGCAGAUCAGGAGUCACUGUUGGACCUGCUAUGGAAACUGUGGCCCCAGCUUCCAGCAUAUGGGCGUAAGGCUGCCCAGUUUGUUGAUCUGCUUGGUUAUUUUUCUCUCAAAACAACACAGACUGGCAAGAAGAUGUGUGAGUACAUGGAACAGGCUGUAGGCAUCUUACAUACACAGAACCAGUUGCUGGCACAUCAUCCAAAUGCUAACUUGUACUCACAUCUGGCACAAUUUGUUGAGUUGGAUGGAUACUACUUGGAGAGCGAGCCUUGCCUUGUGUGCAACAACCCAGAGGUGGCCUUAUCGAGUAUCAAAUUAUCUUCCAUCAAGAUUGACUCCAAGUUCACAACUACCACACAAAUAGUAAAACUAGUUGGUAGCCAUACUAUCAGUAAAAUUACACUGCGCAUUGGUGACUUGAAGCGAACCAAGAUGGUGCGAACUAUCAACAUAUAUUACAACAACCGUAGUGUACAAGCAGUUGUGGAAUUGAAAAACAAACCAGCUAUGUGGCACAAGGCAAAGAAAGUGACCCUGGCUACUGGUCAGACAGAAGUAAAAAUGGAGUUCCCAUUGCCAAUUGUAGCAUGCAAUUUAAUGAUUGAAUAUUCUGAUUUCUAUGAGAAUAUUCAAGCCUCUUCAGAGACUUUGCAGUGUCCCCGCUGCUCUGCCUCUGUACCAGCCAAUCCUGGAGUUUGUGCUAAUUGUGGUGAAAAUGUGUUCCAGUGCCACAAGUGUCGGGCAAUCAACUAUGAUGAGAAAGAUCCUUUCCUUUGUCAUGCUUGUGGUUUCUGUAAAUAUGCAAAAUUUGAUUAUACAUUAACGGGAAGAGCAUGUUGUGCUGUUGACCCCAUAGAGAGUGAUGAUGACCGCAAGAAAACAGUAGCUACUAUCAACUCAUUGCUGGAGAAAGCUGACCGUGUCUAUAAGCAGCUUAUUGCCAACAAACCAACUCUUGAGUUGUUACUACUUAAGAUCAGUGAGCACCGGCUGGAUCGAGCACUGGAGGAAGGUGUCCAGUCAGGCAAUGCGGGGGCCAGCACUCAGGUUAAUCGUGCCAUCCAGCUUUUGGCCCAGCGUUAUUGUGGUGAAUGUAAGAGCUCAUUUGAGGAACUCAGCAAGAUCAUCCAGCGCGUCCUAGCAUGUCGACGUGAAUUGGUGGCAUAUGAUCGCAACCAACGAGAUCAAAGUGUGGGUGGCUCAGCAAGUUCAGUCAGCAUGCUGUCUCUGUCAGAACCUCCACCAAUUGGACGCUGUUAUGGAUGUGCUUCAGCUGCAACUGAACAUUGCCUAACUCUUCUGCGAGCACUUGCUGCCAGCGCUGCUUCCAGACAGACCUUGUGUGCCCAAGGCCUCAUUGCAGAACUUUUGGACAACAACCUGAGACGGGGAACUGUUCAGGUUCAAGAAGAGGUGAGACAGUUGUUGUGUCUCCUGACUCGCGAUAAUCCCAGAUCAACAGAGGAUCUGCGUUCUCUGCUGAUGGAUCGUAUUGCUCUGACUCUACGUGGUCAUGUGGCCAGCUCAGACCUGGCCUUUGCUGUGCGUCAUGAAAUGGCAUUGCUGGCUGCACUCGUACAGAAAGAAGAUUCAUGCUGGGAGCAGAAACUGAGGUGUGUAAUGCAGCUGUUCCUUAUGGCUUGUAAAGACUCCAAGUCUCCUGUGGUAAUGCAGUCGAUCAUCUUGCCAUGCCUCAAGAUCCUGCAAAGCCUCAUCAAACCAGACCAGCCAGUUUCUAAAAAGAACAAGGACAAGACUGUGGAUGCACUAGCCACCCUCAGACCAACAGAAGGAGUUCGAGUGGAUGUGGCCAAAUGGUUACAGGGUGAUCCAAAACAUUCAUACAAAGUGUGGCGACAACAUAUGCCAGCAAGAGGGCCUGAUGCUCCUGUAAAAAAAACCCUCAAGAAGGAAGAAGCAAGAACCAUGUAUUUGAUGGAGAAAUAUGGACACCGUUGGCACCAGAAGAGUCUGCGUGGCAUCAUGCCCCUAAGACUGACUGAUGCUGCCUGGCUGAAGCAGGUGCUGUUCAACCCAAGCUCUCGUCUUGCACGCCAAGUAGCUUGUAACAUGUUGGAAAGCUUGUGCCAAGUUCCUGUUCGCAAAAGAGAGGUGUUGGACCUUCUGACUGGUUUCUUGGGAGAACUAGGAAGUGCAGGAGAGAGUGCUGCUGAGUUCCUAUCUCUGUACCAAAGUCUGGUGCAGCCACCACCAUGGAAACAGUACCUGGCAGUACGUGGAGUGCUGCUACAUUUGGCAGAAUUAUUGACUUGUGAAAUUCAAGAACUGCAUCGAUUAGAAGACACAACGCUCACUUCUGACCUUGCCCAAGGUUAUGCUCUGAAGAUGUUGACCGAACUUCUAGCAUCUUUCCUGGAACAAGACAGCAUAAAGCAGCAGUAUAAAGGCCGCUUAGUUGGAGCUGUCCUGAAUGGUUACCUGUCGUUGCGACGUCUUGUUGUUCAGCGUACCCGACUCAUUGAUGAUACCCAGGAAAAAUUACUAGAGUUGUUGGAAGAGAUGACUACAGGAACAGAACAGGAGACAAAGGCAUUCAUGGCUAUCUGUAUUGAGACUGUUCAGAAGUAUAGCCCUCAGGAUGUGCGCACACCUGUGUUUAUAUUUGAAAGAUUGUGUUCUAUAAUAUACCCAGAGGAAAAUGAUGUGGGUGAAUUCUUCCUCACUCUGGAGAAGGACCCUCAACAGGAAGACUUCUUGCAGGGUCGUAUGCUGGGAAAUCCAUACAGUAGUACUGAACCUGGGUUAGGUCCUCUCAUGCGGGAUGUGAAGAAUAAGAUUUGCCAAGACUGUGAGCUCGUGGCAUUGCUGGAAGAUGACAAUGGCAUGGAAUUGCUUGUCAAUAACAAGAUUAUUAGUCUGGACCUACCAGUGCGAGAAGUAUUCAAGAAAGUAUGGGUUGCAGAAGGUGCUGAAGGUGAUGCUAUGCGUGUAGUUUACCGCAUGAGAGGUCUGCUAGGAGAUGCUACUGAAGAAUUUGUAGAGACACUGGAUGCCAAGAGUGAGCAGGAAGUGAAUAAUGAGGAAGUUUACAAAAUGGCCAAUGUGAUGGCUGACUGUGGUGGCCUACAGAUCAUGUUGGAUCGAUUGUCUGCCAUCAGGGACAUCACGCGUGCUCGGCCACUGCUCCAAGUUCUGCUCAAGUUGUUUAGAUUAUGUGUGAAAGUCCAGCGUAACCAGGAAGUUCUUACACAACCUGAACUUGGGGCCAUUGGUAUCUUCCUGGGUAUUUUACAGUUGUGCCUUGCUGGAGAGACUGAUGCUUCACAAGCAGCCAUUACUGAGCAGUUACUGGAUAUCAUGGAAACAAUUCUUGCAAAGGCAGCAUCUCAACCAUUGGAGAAAUUUGUGCGUUUCUCACAAACAUUCGGAGGUAGCGAACAUAUCGGAGCCCUUCUGACAUGUACCACAGCCCAAGGUGUACGCAACAAUUCAGCUGUGCUCCUCCAUCUAUCACGUGUCUUAGCAGCAUUGACUUACGGCAAUGCUGCAAAGAUGGCACUUCUUUGCGAUCACUUCUCCUCCGUGACUGAUUUCAACAGAUUUGACUUUGAGCAUUCCCUUGAGGAUGAACACAAGCUCGAGCUUUUGUGCAUCUUGACAGCAAGUAUUGAACGCAAUUCUAUUGGCAAUACAUUGAAAGAUUACAUCAUAUCACUGGGUAUUGUGAGACAGGCAUUGGAAUACAUUACAAUGCAUGCGCCGUGUGUUAAGCCAACAUUGAUGCGGACUGACAGUGACGAUUGGAAAGAAUUCAUUUCAAAGCCAGCUUUGAAGUACAUCUUACGCUUCCUUACAGGUCUUUCCUCUGAACAUGAGCACUCUCAGUUGGCAGUAUCUGCAGACUGUAUUCCUAUCAUCCAUCGUUUAGAACAGGUAUCAUCAGAUGAACAUGUGGGUUCGCUUGCUGAGAAUCUUCUGGAGGCACUCCGAGCACACCCCAAGGUGGCAAGCCGCAUUGAGGAAGUUCGAGAACAGACACGUGCCGAGAAGAAACGUCUUGCCAUGGCCAUGCGAGAGAAACAGCUUGGGGCUCUUGGCAUGCGCACCAAUGACAAGGGACAGGUAACUGCGAAGAGCACACUUCUGAUGGAAGAUCUUGGUGAAGAGACUGGCCUUGUCUGUGUGAUUUGUCGAGAGGGUUAUAAGUUCCAGCCUAACAAAGUACUGGGGGUGUAUACAUUUACAAAACGGUGUAAUGUUGAAGAGUUUGAAUCUAAACCCAGGAAGACAGUUGGUUACAGUACUGUCACGCAUUUUAAUGUAGUUCAUGUCGAUUGUCACAUGGCUGCUGUCAGACUUGCACGUGCUCGUGAUGAGUGGGAGUCUGCAGCAUUGCAGAAUGCAAAUACAAAAUGCAAUGGGUUGUUGCCACUGUGGGGUCCACAGGUGCCCGAAUCAGCAUUUGCAAGCUGCUUGGCUCGUCACAACAAUUACCUUCAGGAGUGUACUGGCCAUAGGGAUAUCAGCUAUGCCUCAACAGUGCAUGAUGUGAAACUUCUACUGUUGAGAUUUGCCCAGGAGAAGAGUUUCCAUGAUGAUACAGGUGGAGGUGGUCCACAGUCAAACAUGCAUAUCAUACCAUACCUCAUUCACAUGGCUCUAUAUGUUGUCAACACUACUCGUUCUGGUCCACGGGAAGAUAAGAACCUGACGUCCUAUCUUGAGAAUACUGCACCUGAUAAAUGGUUAGAAUCUUGCUAUGAAGCUGAAGGUCCAUUGUACUGGGUUGUUCUGUCACUUUUGCUGCAUCCACCUUCUCGCUGGAAUCACACACGCCUAUCCCAUUUGCGGCGACUCUUGGUUCUUGCUCAAGCUCGUCAUGUCCAGCCUGCUGGACCUGCCGGCUCUCGGCUCUCAGAUCAUUCUGUCAAGGAAUAUGGUGUCUACAAGAGUUACAUGAUAUUAUUUGGGCUGGUAGAUGGCAUUUAUGCAAAUUAUUUUAAGAAAGUAAAUGUUAGCAGUGAUGAUCAGUGGCCAUCGACACUUGCUGAUUAUAUCAGACAUAAUGAUGAAGCUUUGCUGAAAGCAUCUGAAAGGUUGUUGGCAACUUAUCGAGAAGAGCUGUUGCCAUGUGCGUCCUUUGAAGAGUUCUGUGAUGUUACUGGUCUGCUGGGAGAUAUCACAAAUCCUGGCUCUUACAUCUCUGAUGUGCUGAAAGGUGUGACAUAGUAGGAACUCUUACAAGCGCAGUACAGAAAAAGUUAAUACUUUUAAUGGGCUUUACUUCCUUUCUUGCUGACCACCAUUGAUAACUUGGCUCUUGAUUAUUACAUUAUGUAUACAAAGCAAAACAGAGUCUGACAUGAAGUGUAGGCCUAGAUCACUGUAAGUUCAUAUAUAAGAAAAAUUAGUGAUUUGCUUGCUUUUGCUGUAAAACUAAACAUUACUAAAUUUGUAAAAAGACUUAUAAAAUUGAAUUGUGUUUUACAGAUUUUGAAUGGCAAAAUGUUGCAGGCCUUUUGGGUCCUGGGAUGUAUUUGACCAUAUUUUCCAUAAACUGGAACCUAAACCACUGUUUGAAAUUUAAAUAGUUCAAUAUUUGUCUCUUUCAGUGGAAGAAAACAUUCACUGUGCAAACAGGAUGUUAUUAAAAUCCAAUUUGUUUUGUUUUGUACACCUAUAAGAAACCACUUAUAUUAUCUGAGUGAUAUUAUCAGUGUGCUAAUACUUAUUUAACAAAUUGUGUUUGUAAAGUUACUUUGAAUAUAUUAUGCAGCUGUGAAGACUGUAGAUGCUCUGUAAACCCAUUAUUAGAGCAUAGAAAACAUUAUAUAAUUUAAAUUUAAAUAGUUUUAUUCUUUAUUUACAGUUUGGAAUAUUUGCUUUAUGUAACUGUGAUACUUGUAAGUUUUUGUGUAUGAAGUUCUGUGCAAUAACUAUAGUAAGUAAAAUGUA